AUGGUCACGCUCGUCGAUCUCCCCACCGAGAUCAUGCUCAUGAUUAUCGAGUGUUUUCCAUACCGGGACAGCACGGGAUUCGACGAUUUAAUUGACCGACAGCAAGAUUUGUGCUCUUUUAUUAAGACCAAUAAACGUUUCUACACCUUGUCUCGAGGCCGUUUAUACAAAGAGAAUGACAGAUUCAUGAACCAGACGGCCCUUGCUUAUGGCGCGUUUCACGGCGACCUCGCUCUCGUCCGCAGGACUUUGCAGAUUAAUCAUUCGAGACUUACCGAACAAAUACCCAGCUGGAAGAGGCGUCACAUUGGAUCGGUCCGUCACGAGCCAAUAUGCUGGGCUGCUGCGGGUGGCCAAACCGCAAUGAUUGCAUAUUUCCUCAAAGUUGGAGUCUCGUUAACACAAAAUGGCACCUUACGCACGAUAUGCCCUGACUGCGAGACCAGUCUGCUCGGCCAAGCCGCUGCUCAUGGCCAUUUGCAAACAAUGAGAUUUCUUGUUGAUAAGGGGCUUCGAAUCGAGAGUCAAAGAGAGAUGAAAGAGCGACGUCGACGUGGUCUUUCUGCUCUUCGCAUGGCGGCUGAGAAUGGCCAUACAGAUUGCAUUGAUUUCAUUCUUGAUUCUGAGAGUUACAGCAAUCUACAGGCCAAAGAGUAUGUUCAUCGCAUCACUUGCCUCGUGUCUUCGGUGUUGAAUCCUCCUACAAAUGGAAAUCACGAUCGAAUCGAGUGUGCUUUGCACCUUCUGAAACGGAGCAAUCUCACUGACAAAAGAGACUUUUGUGCAUGUAUUUCGGAAUCUGCCAAGUGUUUCGCUGGAGACCUACCCGCACUGAAUGAGACACUCGCAAAGCCCGGGAGGUUUGAGCUUUACGCCGAGAUGUUGCUUUACUUAGGGGUCAUCAGCGGUAAUUUGGCCCUCCUCAACGAGAUGGCACGACUGGGGGUGAGGUCACACGCCACUAUGCCUGGCUGCACUGGAAGGGGUGCCCACUGCGCAGCUAUGCUGCUUCAGUUAGGUGCCGACAUCAACGCCAAAAACGCAAAGGAUCAGUCUCCACUUUUUCUGGCAACUCUUUCAAAAUCGUACAGUGUCACGGAAUUGCUUUUGAGAUGCGGUGCUGAUGUCAAUGGCUGCUCAACGCGAUGCGGGAUCGUCCAAACACCACUUUGGCGUACCGUCGCUGACCAAGUUCGUUGCCCCGACGUGAAAAGAAAUAAGAAUGCACCGUUGCGCGCAGGUCGCAGCACGACUGAUGAGAUUCUCACCUUGCUCUUGGACUAUGGUGCGGAUCCCAACUACCGUGAUCCAACGUAUGGUAUUACUCCACUGUGGCUCGCAGUGACCAGCCGUUUCAAACACUCAGACCCAGAGAUGAUAUGGAACACAGUCGAAACAUUGAUCAUCCACGGUGCCAAUCUCCGCUUUUCACGCCGUAAAAGGUCAAUUCUGUGGGAGAGCAUGCAUAACUGCACCAGCCUCUUCGUCAGGCUACUCUAUAUGAAUGGCUCUGAUCCAAAUGACUAUGGCGAUGGCCUCGAUACAGCAAAUCCCUAUCAACGUCGUCGACCCCUGUCAGCCUUGGCAAAAUCUAUGAAAUUGGGUCGGUUCGAUAUUGCAGAAGCUCUGCUCAACGUGGGCGCAGAUCCCCAUGCCCAGUUUUGGAAAAAAGAGACAUGUCUAGUGAAGGCUGCAUCAUUUGGGCCCGUCUCCUUGGUUGAGAGACUUUUGGACGCGGGCGUCGAUGUGAAUGAGAUCUUUCGCGGCAAGACGGCCUUGGAUAUUGCUGUAUGGCGCGGAAAAGAUGAAUUGAAGGAGUUAUUGCUUCGACGAGGAGCAGUUCCGAACAUCGCCAUUGGAGGAGGGGGCACCGCGCCGAUUGACCCGAGUCAUGGUGAAGCCAUGGACCAGGAUGUCUGA